CGGUCACGCUGUUGUGUGUGCCUUCGUCACCUCGUUUGGGUGUUUUUCGGCUCUUUUAAUUUAUUAAAACUUGCUAUGUUGCUUGUGUUGCAUGAGUUUUAACAGCGCCAACAAAAUUCUAAACCUAAUUGAACUGGCGGCCACGACAACGCACACAAGGUGAGCGCGAGCGCUGUAAAAACAACAUAGGAAAAAAAAAAUUGCACUUAGCACCGGUGCUUCUGCUAAGUGUCUGUGCGUUCGUGUGUGUGCGUGUGUGUGUUGCGUGUGAGCGCCGUCAUCAGUGGGAACUAUUGAUAAAAAGUGAUACUAGCUCGACCGCCAAGAUGGAUGCGGAAAACGAUGUGUACGAUGACAUGAAUCUGUAUAUAACGCAGGAGAAUUUCAUUGUCGAACCCAAUGGGCAGAAUGAACUAUUGAUUAUUGGCCGAUUGGACAAGGUGACGCGAGUGCAGGCCAAGAGCACACAGCUCACAAAUCUUCGGCCAACACGGCGCAUCUGCGGCAUACUGGGCACCAUUCAUCUGCUGAGCUGUGACUAUCUGCUGGUGGCCACGCAUCGCAUCUUCGUGGGCGUCAUCAACAAUUCCAUCGUUUGGCGUCUCGCUGGCUAUGAUAUUAUACCCUACAUUCCCAAUGCCAUUCAACGCUCCGAGAACGAGGCAUACUUGAGCAUGUUGCGCAAGACGCUGGACACCAAAUUCUACUAUUUCUCCUAUCGCUAUGAUUUAACGCAAUCGCUGCAGCGACAGCACGACUUCAGCGCCAAGACAAGAGAUCAAGGUCUGUUGCAGCGUGCCGAUAAACGCUUCGUGUGGAACAACCAUGUGUUGCAGCAGUUCCGUUGCGAUAAGAUGGAACGCUUCCAACUUCCAUUGGUGCUGGGCUUCGUGUCCAUCAACCAGGUGCAGAUCAAUGGUCAGACCUUCUUCUGGAGCAUUAUAACACGACGGUCGGUGGAGCGAGCGGGCACCCGACUCUUCUGUCGCGGCGCCAACGAUUUGGGACAUGUGGCCAACUUUGUGGAGACGGAGCAACUUGUGGAAUUCAAUGGCCAGCACACCAGUUUUGUGCAGACCCGCGGUAGCAUGCCGUUCCACUGGUUGCAGCUGCCCAAUCUGCGUUACAAGCCCAGACCGCGUCUGGUGCCCGGCAAGGAUCAUCUGGCUGCAUGUGCGGCGCACUUCAACGCCCAGCUGCAGAUCUAUGGCCAGCAGGUGGCUAUCAAUUUGGUGGAUCAAAAGGGUGCUGAGGGAGAACUGGAGUCGACCUAUGCGCGCCUGGUGCGUGAAUUGGGCAAUCCGUCGGUGCGUUACGAGGCCUUCGACUUCCAUUACGAGUGCCGCAAGAUGCGCUGGGAUCGCCUCAAUAUAUUGAUCGAUAGACUGGCCCAUGAGCAGGAGGACUUUGGUUUCUAUCACGCCUUCGACAAUGGCAAUCUGGUGUCCACGCAGACGGGCGUCUUCCGCACCAACUGCAUCGAUUGCCUCGAUCGCACCAAUGUGGUGCAGAGCAUGCUCGCUCGUCACUCAUUAACGGCUGUGCUGCAAAAGCUGGGCGUGCUCCAUGUGGGCCAACGUGUGGAGCAGGCGUCCAGCGUGUUUGAGUCGAUUUUCAAGGGCGUCUGGGCGGACAAUGCGGAUCUAGUCUCGCUGCAAUAUUCCGGCACUGGAGCACUUAAAACGGACUACACACGCACUGGCAAACGCACCAAGACGGGUGCUCUGAACGAUGGCAAGAACUCGAUGAUUCGUUACUAUCUGAACAACUUUGCGGAUGGCGUGCGUCAGGAUGGCAUUGAUCUGUUCUUGGGCAACUAUGUGAUCAACGAGAACGAAGGCAGUCUGCUGCCAUCGCCACUCGUCGCGCAACGUGGCUGGCGUUACUUUGCCUUCCCCGCCGUGUUGCUGAUCGCCGUCGCCAUGUUCAUUAUCACCAUGACAUAUCCGGCCGAAUUUAAUACGGAGAACUUGCUAUUUAUGCUCUUCUGGGGAGCCAUGAUUGCGGUCAGCGCCACGGGAAUAUUGCACUAUGGCAUCGAGUUUGUGCAAUGGCCUCGGCUUUUUCCGCCCAUAUCGUUUCAGCCCGCCUGACGUUAAUAUCGUUUAGGAUCGAUUACACACGGUUAAUAAAUUGCUAGAAAGAGAGAGAGUGAAAACGAACAACUAAAAACCAACACAUAAUGUACUGUAUAUUCAACGAAAUUCCUGUAUAAAAUGCUUAUUUCUCCCGAUUA